AUUAGAAUGACUCAGCUACCGUCAGUUUCGGAAUUAAUUGUGGGUACUUCCUUAAGUGAUAAUAGGCUAAAACCAUCCAAAUCAACUGAAAAUAUACCUCGUGUCUCAAGUACUCAUUCAUUAGGAUUUAAUUCAAGGAAAAAUUCGAUAAAUGAUAAUCCAAUUUAUAGACCUUCGCUUCCAAUAAGAAGAUUAACCGAACCAUCGAUUAACUUUAAUCCAAUAUCUUCAAGCAGAAACCAUUCAAUAACUUCAUUAAAUGAUAAAUAUUCCUCUCAACAAAAUUCUCCCCAAUCAAACCCAGCUGGUACUGGGUUUGUAAAUUCAAAUUAUAAUAUAAAUUAUUCAAAUGAGCCAUCUCCAACUAAUCAAUUAGGUUUCAAUAUUCCACCUCCUCCACCUCCUUCAAUACAACAUCAUGCACAUAAUGCACAUCAUGCACAUAUGCAAAUGCCUCCUUUACCGAACAUGUCUGCUCCCCCUCCUCCUCCACCACCCCAUCACCAACCACAACCUCACCAACAGCCUCAUCAACCUCAUCAACCUCAUCAACCACAUCAACCUUAUUAUACUUAUCCGGUGUACGAUCCAUACGGAAUGAUGUUACAACAACCAUUUAAUCCACAAUAUAAUAUGGCUCCAAUUAACCCAUACGAAGCCAAUAAUGCUUUAAUCAAUAAAAGAAGAAUCAUCAAGAGAAGAACAAGAACAGGAUGUCUUACUUGUCGUAAAAGAAGAAUCAAGUGUGAUGAACGUAAACCACAUUGCUUUAAUUGUGAACGUAGUAAGAAAUUAUGUCUUGGAUAUGAAAAUUUGAAUUCAAAAUUUGGUCCAAGUAAUUUGAAUUCAAAAUUUAAUAAAAGUGAAGAUAAUUUAAAGAAAAAUGAACGUAAAAUGUCAGUUUACGAUAUGAUUGGUUGAUUUAUUUGGAUAUGGGGCAUUUUUGGCAUUGGGUUUCAUUUCUUGAUUUGUAUUUUAUAUCAUUCUAUUUUAUAUUUUCUACAAUAAUACAAGGUAAUAUAAUAUUAA